AUGACGUCUUCCUUGCAAAUGCUUGCGUACGGUGCUGGGGCAGAUCAAUGUGCUGUGUAUUGUCGGAUGACGAAAUCCAUCUCCAUCACAGUCCUUCAGCAAUUUACAAGAGGAAUUGUUAAUCUAUACUCAGUAGAAUAUCUCCGCGCUCCUAAUGCGGUCGACCUCAAACGACUUUUGGCCAAAGCUGAGAAAAGAGGUUUUUCAGGAAUGAUUGGGAGCAUUGAUUGCUACUAUCUGGCUGACAGUAUUUAUCUUCGGUGGGCAACUUUCUUGAAAACUAGGAGCUGCUUGUGGGAUAAAGAGGACAAUCAAUACAUCAUGUUGACUUGUAUUAUUUUACACAACAUGAUUGUCGAGGAUGAACUACCUGAAGACAGCGAUGAUGAGUUGGAAUCCGAUGAAGAAGAGGAGAACAAUAUGAGGCCCAAGAUUUCUAAGGUAUGGGAAGGACUCACCGGUAGUGACUUUGAUCCUGUUGGUAGAGAUGAUCAUUAUAUGAACGGAUCCAUGGAUCGAUACCAAAAAAUUAGAUCUGAGUACACUCACUCAAACCUUCAGGAAGAUCUCAUUAAGCACUUUUGGGAAGUUAAAGGCAACAGGCGUAUCUAG